UGGGUGCGGCCUGCCGCGUGACUCUGGGUCGGAGGCCCACGUGGCCGGGGCGGGGACUCCGGCGCCCGGGGCGCUGACUGAUUACGUAGCGGGCGGGGCCGGAAGUGCCGCUCCCUGGUGGGGGCUGUUCAUGGCGGUUCCGGGGUCUCCAACAUUUUUCCCGGUUGUGGUUCUAAUCUGUCCCAAGCGGAGGCAGCGGAGCUUGAGGUUCUUGCUGGUGUGAAAUGACUGAGUACAAACUGGUGGUGGUUGGAGCAGGUGGUGUUGGGAAAAGCGCACUGACAAUCCAGCUAAUCCAGAACCACUUUGUAGAUGAAUAUGAUCCCACCAUAGAGGACUCUUACCGAAAACAGGUGGUUAUAGAUGGUGAAACCUGCCUGUUGGACAUACUGGAUACAGCUGGACAAGAGGAGUACAGUGCCAUGAGAGACCAAUACAUGAGGACAGGCGAAGGCUUCCUUUGUGUAUUUGCCAUCAAUAAUAGCAAAUCAUUUGCAGAUAUUAACCUCUACAGGGAACAGAUUAAGCGUGUAAAAGACUCAGAUGAUGUACCUAUGGUGCUAGUAGGAAACAAGUGUGAUUUGCCAACAAGGACUGUUGACACAAAACAAGCCCAUGAACUGGCCAAGAGUUAUGGGAUUCCAUUCAUUGAAACCUCAGCCAAAACCAGACAGGGUGUUGAAGAUGCCUUUUACACACUGGUAAGAGAAAUACGUCAGUACCGAAUGAAAAAACUCAACAGCAGUGAUGAUGGGACUCAAGGUUGUAUGGGGUUGCCAUGUGUGGUGAUGUAACAAGAUACUUUUAAAGUUCUAGCAUCAGAAAAGAGCCACUGUCAAGCUGCACUGACACCCUGGUCCUGACUUCCCUGGAGGAGAAGUAUUCCUGUUGCUAUCUUCAGUCUCACAAAGAAGCUCCUGCUACUUUCCCAUCUCUCAGUAGAUCAGUAUAAUAUUCUCUAUUUGAGAAGUUCUCAGAAUAACUACCUCCUCACUUGGUUGUCUGACCAGAGAAAUGAACCUCUUGUUACUCCCCAGUAGUUUUCCACCUUGGGUUCUCCCCCAACACACACACACACACACACCUCCACCACCCCAGGUUUUUCAUUUGAAAAGAAAUUAAUGCUCUGAAACAGAGAACCAAACUGUAGAAACAUGAAAUUCUGUAGAAAAAAUGUCUUGAGCUCUGCUGGUGAUUUUUUUUUUUUUUUUUUGAAUGUUGAGCUUGGAACUGUGUUGGUUUUCAGAGGAAUGUCAUAAAUUACUGUUUUCCUAAGAAUAUAGUUAUUGUUGCUCUUUGGUUUGUUUGUAAUGUUAUCAGCUGUAUUCUAUAAACUGGCAUCUGCUCUGUAUUCAGAAAUACAAAAGUGAAUACUGACUUUUUGAGUCUAUCCUCGUCUGGACUUUCUGGUAAUUAAAUCUAACUUUCGUGAUGAAGUGCCUUUUUCCUGGAAGUGGUUUGUAGACUUCCUUUACAAUACUUCAGUGGAAUACAUGUCUCGGAAACCGUUAUACAUGAAAAUGAAUGUCUGAGAUAUGACUAUGACCUAUCUAGCUUUGAGGAAAAUAAUAUACCAAUAUGAUAGCAGAUGCCAUUUCUUACAUGAAAUUGGUUUUUUUAGAGACCUGGUUUUGAGCUCUUCCAAGAGAAGAAUGAGACUAUAAACGAUUAGGAAUAAUUUCACUUAGAUUUUAUGUAAUUUCCACUUUUGGGGGGGUAGUUUACUACCUACAAAAUGUAAUUUGUUUCUUCUAGCUUACUGAUAAUCUAACAUUCAGUGAACUUCCAUUCAUAUUUAAAUUUGGGUCGUGUUUGAAAGUCUACAUUCACGGGUUCAAAAGUAUAAAAAUUUAAUGCUGUUUUAUUUAAUAGCUAUGAUCAAUAAUACUUAAGCCUCAAAAAUGUUAAAGCAGACGCAUUUUCACUGCGUAUCAUAGUAAUUAAUAAUGUGUAUAAUUGCCUUCAGUCCCCUUCCACCCCACCUUCUGUCCUUCAUCCCAUAGCAGCAGUGGCUUGGAUAAUUAUUUCAGUUGAGUAAAGCAUGGUGCUAGUAGACCAGGGUCACAGUUCUGAAACUUGAGGGAACCAAAUAGCAUCACAGAGGAAGAAAUUCUUCCACGUUUGCCCAUUGCACCAUUAACUCCAGCUAGUAAUUUUGCCAGAUGCAUGUGGUUAGUCUUGCAAGGAAAGAAGAGGUCAGUUAGCACAAAUUUUUCCCUGUGAUUAGAAAAACCUGUUAUCCUGAGGAAGGUCAGCUUAGAAGUCUUUGUAAAUAAGGUAUCUAGACUCUUGUUUUUAGCCACAUGGUGACCACAUUAAGCCAUUUUUUUUUUCUCAUGUUUUUGAGAAUGAGGAUGCCUCAGAUCAAAAAAUUUUUAAUUUUCUUUAUUCAUAAUGUUCUUUGAAGGUUGUAAAACAGGAUGUUGAUUGAUUAGUCUGCAUAUCAGAUAAUAAGCAGAUGAGUUUGUUCAGAACAAGAAGUAGCCUCUGGACUGCAAUUGCUGUUUAAGAAGAAAAUAGAAAAUAUAAUUAAUGGUUAUGAGGACUUGGAGGGCUUGGCUUUUCCAUUUUCAAAUGAUAUCCUGAUAAUUUUAAUGAAAAAUAGACUUGGAUAACUUGAUAAAAGACUAGUUCCAAAAUGGCCACUUUCUGUUCUAGUCUAAUGUGUAAUACUUACUGAGUAGGUCCUCCGUCUUCUAAUAGGAAUGGUCAUUUAUUAAGCAAAUUCCAUCUUGUCUGGAAAGGAAUUCACAAGAGGAGAAGAAACACACUGUGCCCAGAGGAUAAAUAACUCAGAGAGUUGUGCUCUUUGGUGUCAAUUCUGAGCGUUCUCGCAGUCCACACCAGGAAACAAACUCUGCCCCUUUGCUUCUGUUCCUCUUGGAACAUUGCUCUGUCAUUUUCUUCAGGAUAGAUUGAGGCUUAUCACCUAAUUGUCAUCAUUGUCUUCCUCUUCUUCUUCCUCUUGUCUCUGUGACUGACUGAUUUUUUUUUUUUUUUUUAAUGUCAAAUUGGGGGGCGGGGGGAGCUACUCGUUUGAGGCUCCUGUGCCCAUGACCCUUGUAUGUUUGUAUCUUUUAGUUUUCUCAAGUAUGUUCUAAGCACAGAAGUAUCUAAAUGGGGCCAAAAUUCAGACAUGGAAAUGUCCUUUUAAUAGCUUCUUAAGAAGUUACACUUUGGUGGAGUUCCCUUGUGAUGCAGCAGGUUAAGGAUCUGGUGUUGUCAUUGCAUCGGCUCAGGUCACUGCCGUGGCAUGGAUUUGAUCCCUGGCCCGGAACUUCCACAUGCCACAGGUGAAGCCAAAAAAAAGUUACACUUUGGUGUGAAUGUUGGCACAACAGAAUGACAGACUUAAACACUGAGUAGCUUCAGUUAGUGUGGUAUAAAAUAGUUUUUAGAAUAUGUUCGUGAUUUCUGGAAACAAUUAUAGUUUACCUCAAAAUCUGAAAGUCUCUUUCCCCAAGUUAAUAAGUGCCUGGCCAGCUAUCAUAUUACUUUAUGUUUGUCUGUUUUUUAAAGGUUGCACGUUCAAGAUUGUGAAAAUGAGAUGGUCUUUCUGAAGGCUACCCUGCCUAUCUGUAAAUGAAUCUGUUGAGUGCUGUAUUUGCUCCCACAGCUUACUAUAGAAUGCUACUUGGUAAUACAAUAUCAUACUUAUUAACAGUUUUCACUUCAGAAGUGUAAUAGGUAAAAUUAUCUUCAGUAUGUAUGGUAGUGGGUCCCCUGUUUUGUCUUUCAUCAUCCUUUAAACUGCUGUGAAUUUUUUGUCUUGACUUGAAAGCAAGGAUAGAGAAACACUUCAAAGAGAUAUUUUUUUUUCCAUUCCAGAAUUUAUGCUCAUAGUCAUAUUUUGCUUAUAUUUAGUCAUGAACUCUUAAGCUGGCAGCUACAACCAAGAACCAAAAAAAUGGUGCGUUCUGCUUCUUGUAAUUCAUCUCUGCUAAUAAAUUAUAAGAAGCAGGAUAAUUAGAGAAAAUAUUUUAUUUGGGUGGUUUCUAUAAACAAGGGACUAUAAUUCUUGUACAUUAUUUUUCAUCUUUGCUGUUUCUUUAAGAAACCUGAUGUGCCACAGAAUUAUUUUAAGGUGUUUCAUAUACGAAUUGUUUUAAAAGUGUUCUCAUUAUCAGAGUAAUUGUAGAUAUAUUUCAAAGUGAAACUGAUAAUUUUUAAAGGCCUGAGUACUUACUGACCUAAGAAGCAAUUGUAUGAAUUCUCUGGAGGGAAGAGAGGAUCUCAGUGGAAGUUGUGUGACUUUUAUGUAUCUGUGCCAUCAAAUAUAGGUAAAAAAUAUCAAUUGUGCAAUUCUGCUGUUUAAACAGGAACUAUUGGCCUCUUUGGCCCUAAAUAAAAGGGCUAUUUUAAGUUGACUAUUUUAUUGUAAAUUAAUCCAUCCUAAUUUUUAAAAAUUUGGUUGAAUGUUUUUCUUGUUAAAUGUUUUAAAAAUAAAAACUGGAAGUUCUUUGCUUAGUCAUAA